AUGGGCCGGUUGUCUUAUCUCCUAUUUAAGACCCUUCCAGCUUCCCUUUUCCCUUACCUCUUUAUAUACUUCUCAACACAAAGGCCUACCAGCAGAGAAUCAGAAAAGGUGAGUCAUGGCCGCAUAAUAGCAUACGAUGUGGUCUUAGCUCUUAUUGCUACAGCUUUGGUAGUUCUUGGUAUCCUCUUCUUCAUCUUAUUUUGCAGGAGAAGACAAGUGGAUUCAGAAGAAAAUCUCCCUGUCAAGCGUUGUGCCCAUGCUUACCCCUUAAUUGAAGUCGACGCCGCCACGGACGGCUUCAACCAACGGCGAGUAAUUGGAAAAGGUCGACUAGGAACAGUAUAUGUGGCAGUCAUGGCCAGUGGGGAUGUAAUUGCUGUGAAACGGAUCAAUCCUUGGCUUGUUUUGAGCAAUCCUGGCUUUGGGUUCUCAUCAAUAGUGAAGUCUCUUUCAUUAGCUCAACAUCCUCAUGUUGUUCCCAUCAUUGGAUUCUCAGAAGCUCCAGGAGAGAGAAUUAUGAUCAUGGAGUUCAUGGGUAUGAAGAGCUUGGACUUCUAUCUACACGAAAACAGCGGCAGUGCUCCGCUUUUAGACUGGUGGCGCCGCUUCAGUAUUGCAGCCGGGGUUGCAAGAGGAAUUGAAUACUUGCAUGAAGGGAUGGCACCCCAUGUGGUACAUGGAAGUGUGAAGCCUUCUAAUGUCUUGUUUGAUAUGAAUUUUUGUCCUAGAGUUUGUGACUAUGGGUUAUCUUUCUUGUCAUCCAAAGAGAGGGGAGGCCUCGUGGGAUAUGUAGAUGAUGAGUAUUGGAAGGAGGGAGGGGGAGUUUGUAAGGCAAGUGAUGUUUAUGGGUUUGGAGUUGUUUUAUUGGAGCUUUUGAGUGGGAGGAGAUGUCAAGAAGGGUUGCUUGUUGAGUGGGCAUUGCCCUUGAUUAGGGCUAUGAGGCUUGUUGAAGUUUUGGACCCUAGACUUGUACUUCCUGCUGACAUGAACCAUUUAGCUAGAUUAGCCAAGGUUGCUUCAGCUUGUGUUGGUAAUACUAGAAAAAACAGACCCACCAUUGUUCAAGUGGCAAUUAUUUUGAAUAGUUUGGAGAUGGAGUUGUCUAUUUGAUCAAUUGGGUCUCCUCAAAAUGAGCCAAGAUUUAUAAUUGCUUACUUGGGCUUAAAGGCCAUGGCACAAGUUGGUGAGGCGCGAGUGUCAGUCAUGUCUAAUUGCUAGGUUUUGAUCAGAUGCCUCUCCUCUUCUUCGAUUUUGUACUCGCAAGAUUGUCACCUAUGUAAAGGAUAUCUUUUUGUUGAAGACUAUUUUUUUUUUUUUUUUUUUUGUAAUCUUUGCAAUUUUUUCGUCUUGUAAAUAGAUCUGCCAAUAUUGCUGUCCAUUCUAUUUCUAAUGUCCAUUUCUUACCCGAGGUUUUGGGUGUCUUCUUUU